GUUCGUGCCUGUUACCAUGGUCCUUGCAUGAGAACGUCAGUUUGUAUGCGUGUUUUGCUGUAAGGCGUGUAUCGAAUUUCAUUUCGAACGAUACCACGACCAGAAACAGGUCGAGUGUCAGCACAGGAAGUGUUGACUUUGGUUUUGGUCUUGCUCUUGGUCUUCAUUCGUCUUCCAUUCCCAAGCUAUAGACAUCUUUUUGCCCUGCUCCGAGGCGGAUCGCAAUCACUGGGAAAUGGAAAGAGAGCGGACUCCCUUACUGUAUAAAUGUAGUGAGUCGGCAGGAUUAUCUCUUCUGUUUGCCACCCUCUGCAUGGUCGACAUCUUCGGGGUCUUUCCGAUUAUUACCCUGCCCAGGGCGAUCAUACAAUGCGGUUGGCUUGGCAUACCUUUGGUGAUACUUGUUUUAAGUCUUCAAGUGUACACGGCGAGACUUCUCGGCAAAUCCUGGAUAAUCGCCAUGACCCUAGACCCACAGUUGACGCGGAAAAAUCGAUAUCCCUUGGCAGCGGUGGCCCAGAUGACUUUAGGACCUUUUGCUUGUAAUUGCGUGACGGUGCUGUUGAACUUGACGGUUUUUGGCGGAGGGAUUCCGAGCCUCUUAGUAGCUUCUCAGAAUCUCCAGCUUUUCGGCAUCAAAGUCUCAGGGGAAAAGUUCGAUCUCUCCUUUUGCUACUGGCUCAUCAUCGUCGGUGUUCUCCUCUGCCCAAUAAUGUGGCUUGGAAGUCCUCGCGACAUGAAGUGGUUGGCAAUGUGCUCGACGCUGGUGGUCACACUCACGGCAACUUUGACCUGGUGGUGUAUCGCGUCGGACGACGUCAUCGCGGAACCGAAGCCAGUGCCUCUCUGGCCACCGUGGGAACGGUUCAUCUCUGGCUAUGCCAUCCUCGCUUUCCAGUUCGACGUUCAUCCUACGCUGAUGACCAUCCAGGUGGAUAUGCUGCAACCAAAGGAUGUAAGCAAGGCAGUGAUCAGCUCAUUUCUUUUUACAGGCACUUUGUUUACGGUAUCAACGGGUCUGGCAGCUUGGAAAUAUGGAGACAGGAUUACCGCGAAUGUCUUACAACUUGUGCCAGGAGGUUUUGCAACACACGCGGCUAUCUUGCUCGCUGCACUUCAGCUUUGUCUUUCCAGUGCCAUCGGACACUCAGCUUUGUUUCAGCACGUGGAGGAUAAGCUUCGUGUUAAAAGAUCGUUCAGUUGGAAGCGAUGCGUCACAAGGUCUGCGCUGGUCUUCCUGGCUGUUGCGUUAGGCGAGUCAGUACCACGAUUCGACAUCGUGAUGGCUUUGAUUGGGGGUUCCUUGACGGGUCCUCUGGUCUUCAUUUUGCCCCCACUGAUGUACUCCAGGAUCAAGAAGCUCCAAGUAGCGGUUCAGCGGUCUUCAACACCCAACAUAUUUUCCGCCUAUCAAAAGCGUGGAGGUUCCAACCUUAUCGCUGACCCCAGAGUCCAUUCCCAGUCUGUGCACUACGGGUUCAAGUUCGAAACUAACAUCGACCCAACGAGUUGUCACUCCUUCGUGUAUUAUGACACUGGUAAAACCGGCGAGCUUAUGGGAGAGGAUGACAAUCAAGGCGAGACUACUGCCGAACAGCAGGUACAUUUGGAUGCCAGUAAGCCUGUUGUGGUAAAAGAACGAACGAGUCAUUCGCAGUUUACCUCUGGUAGGUAUUCCAGAUGGAACACAUCGGAGAGACUAAACGACUGGUUUGGACACUUGGUUGUCAUGCUGGGUGUGAUAUUGACCAUCUCCUCAACGUAUAUUAAUGUCAAAAACACAAUCAGAUUCGUAGAGUUUACACCACCCUGCAUCCUAAACGUUUCGGCAGCUGCUAAGGGCUUAGAUUUUCACUGAAUACGCGCAAUUGUAUGAACAGUUAAUGUUACGGAUGUAAAAUUAAUUUUACAGACCGAAAAUUAGUAGUAUACUCGAUAUCCGGUGUAGGGUGAGUGUCCCAGUUAUUGACCUUUUUUGGUUGCAUUUAUCUGUUUAGAUCCUUAGUUCUGAAAUUACUGAAAAAUAUAUUUGUGGUGUCUAACCAUAAUAGCAUUUAGUUCUAGUCAUCGAGAAAUUCACAAUUUGUGCAGUCAAUUUAUAAUUUUGGAAAAUAAAAACGUUCAAUACAUGAAUCUAAAUGUGUCAAUAACUGGUAAACUCACCUUAUUCUGACGAGAAUUUAAAUGUUAUUGUAAAAUAAUUGGUAAACGAUAAGCAUAAUUACUUUUGAACAGUAUAGAGUAUCUAUGCGAUAUAUGUUAAAACCAGCGAGUAAUCAAACACACGAGCAAACGAUGCGAAAAACGUAUUGCGAGAUUCAAAUUUAAAAAAAUAAAUUAGAAUUACAAUUGUAAUAUUACAUGCGACAUGUAAAUGAUCACCUUUCGCCUAAUAUUUUAUACUUCCAUGUCUAGUUGCAGUCAUUUUUGUGUUUUUGUUUUUCAGAUAAUUGUUCCUUCGCGAAUUAUCUUUCAAUGGUUAUUUCCAUGUACCAGAAAUCAAAUACAUGGGGUGACCUGCCGAUUUUACCACAUGGCGUCCACCUCUGAUUCUCAGGAAUUGUGCGAUGUCUAAAAAGGGCCUAAAAUGAGUUGCUGUAGAUACACUAUUGAAAUUUUUGUUUACAGUGUACGAAUAACACGAAACCAAACACUUCAAAGACAAGUCUAAAAUCUGGAUAAGGUGUAGUUAUAGGUAUAGCCAAGUCGCUUUAAUCUGCGUUUUCAAACAAAAAGUAUCAAAAAAAGUUCAAUUUCAGGAUACGAAUCACACUUGGAACUCGAAUCUUAACCACAAUUCUAAAUGUUGCAAGGGUAUGCAAUUCAAUUUGUAACUAUCUGAUUUUCAAGAGAAACGAUCACAAUACGAGACAAGAUGAUUAAUACGCAUCUCAUGACAUAAUCAUUAAAUAACCCCGGAUCCACCGGGAUCCAUCCAGAUGGAGGAAACAUUAGUCCUGAACUGAAAGUCUUUAACGACUUAUACUGAUUAUUGUGAGCCCUUAUUCUGGAACUUCAUUAUAUCAUUUAUUAUACAAAUACUGAAGGAUGAUCCUUUGAGCUAUACUCUACCUUAGUCAAAGUUAUAUUUUAUAGAG